AUGUUCUUGACUCCAUUGUUCCUGGCUGCUGGCAGCCUCCCCGCCUUGAUCUCGGGAGCUCCAGUGUCUAAUUCCCAGGGGAACAACUUGCUCGCCCGGGCCUAUCAGGUCUUCGCAGGCACAGGAUCAGCGGCAGACGGAUGGGCAACCCUCAAGCAAUGGAAGAGCUUUGAUUUGCUGUGGAUUGCCAACUCGCAAAACAUUGGCAAGUGUGAUGCCAGCUGGGGCGUCGAAGACAACACCCCGGAGGAGACAAGCGACAUGAAGGAGGCCAUCGAAGAAGUCACCAAAGACAGCCCCUUUAAAGGCUAUCCCGAAUUCAUUUUCGCCAUUAUGAUGCAGGAGACCAAAGGCUGCGUGAGAGUCAAGACAACGGUCGCCCCUGAUGGAAGCGUGUCCAACCCAGGCUUGAUGCAGAGCCAUAAUGGCAAGUUCAACUGCUAUGAGAACGGAAAGGGCGUCAAGCCCUGUAAGAAGGAGAGGAUCGUGGGUAUGAUCAGGGAUGGCGUGACCGGGUCAGGCGGCCUCAGUGAUGCCCUGCAGGAGAAUGGUGGCAAGAUUGAUGCCGAGACUCUCUACAAGGUUGCCCGUACAUACAACUCUGGCAGCGUGGCUCCAUCGAAGAAUUUGGGUGAUGGCCAGGGGGCCACAGCCUGCUAUGCCACGGAUAUCGCCAACCGCCUCACCGACAAAUGGAGCAACGGUCCUAGCGGCUGUGACCCCAACACGAUCGGUACGAUGAACAAGUCUGAGGGUGGUGGCGCGAGUGGUGGUGACGCGGGUGACGCGGGUGACGAUGCCAGCUCAUCCAGCAGCGACACCGGUGCAGCACCGACCGGUGCGCCGACUGCGUCCAACUCCGCCCCGGCCUGGGGCGCGAACACCCAAAGCACGCUUGCGGCAGCUGCCACCACAGCUCCCGCUGUCAACACUCCUCCGGCCGGCAACACCAACGUGGGCGCGCCCUCGCCAACAGUCAACGCGGGUUCCUUCCAGCAGACCUCAGCCGCUGUCAACAACGCCGCGGCUACUAACACUCCUGCCCCAAGCAACCCUGUGGUCAGCUCGGUGGCCCCGGCCAACACGGUCAGCUCGGCCCCUCCGACGCAGGCCAGCGGAACUACAGAAGGAUCCCAGAUCUACCCAUCGUCGCUGCCGGGCUGCCAGCAGCGUUACCCUGUGGUGGACAAUGACUACUGUUACAAGGUGCAGCAGCAAUUCGGCAUGACCCUGGACGAUCUGCGUCGCUUGAACCCGGGCCUGGACGAGAGGUGCUCGAACCUGUGGAAGGGAUACCAGUAUUGUGUGCGGGGAUAG